AUGGCAGUUGGAAUUCAACCUAUAAGAGAGGUUCUUUCAUCGAGCUCGGCAAAUCAAAGUGCACUUCGAUCUUUACGACGUUCAAAACCUGAAUUAUAUCGUUUAGCAACAUUUAGACAAUGGAGGGCAAAUACACAAUGCAAUAUAUCACCCGCACUACUUUCUAAAGUCGGAUUUUCAUAUACUGGAAAAGGCGAUAAAGUUCGGUGUGAAAUCUGUAAACUGGAAAUUGAAUCAUGGACAUCGGGAAUGGAUCCAAAGCAAGAACAUAUGGAAAGAAGUCCUCAAUGUCCAUUUGUUACAAGUGAAACUGAAAUAUUUUCGAAAAAUGGUAUUAUAUUACGUCAUCUUUCAGUUCUUUGUCUAAGGUUAUCUCAAGCUUGUGUUCUAAAAGCAUUCAAGGGAUUUAUGGAUCAUGGUGGUGGUGUUACUGAUGAUUUUAAUAAAAAUAACAGACCUCCUGAAAAUCUAUUCAUCAAUUCCUUAUCGACGGACACGGUUGACCGCUCUCGAACAUAUACAUUUUCGAAUUGGCCAUCGAUUACACCUAGCGCGCAAGAGAUGGCUUGUGCCGGCUGGUGGUAUACGAAUAUUGCUGAUAGAGUAAUCUGUAUUCAUUGUGAUACAAUGUUUCAUAACUGGAGCGAAACAGAUCGGCCAUACGAGAUUCAUCGUGUUAAGUCGCCCGGAUGUUUCUAUGUUCGUACAAAUGAAUAUAAGCUGACCAGUACACAAAGACAAGUAGCUGUGCCUAGUCCAACAAUAAAUAAUACUCCAAACGGAUAUACCAUUGUAGGAGCAGUACACGCGGAAUACUCAUUAGUUGUUCGUAGACAUCAAACGUUCGAAAAGUGGCCCGAAGCUGAACCAUCAACUUUACCGUCGAUAGAAUCUUUUGUCGAGGCGGGAUUCUUUUAUACAGGAGACAAAACGAUCGUGCGAUGUUUUUAUUGUAACGGAGCACUACGGAACUGGCAAUCAUCGGAUGAUCCUAAAGUUGAACACGCAAGAUGGUUCCCUCAAUGUGCAUAUAUUCGGCAAUAUAUCGGCGAAAACCUAUAUCAGGCUAUUCAACGGAAAAAUCGUGAACUGCGCGCACAAAGAAAUCUACAGGAGAGUACGAAUGGUGAAAAUUCUCAAUACAUUCCUUGGACCAAUGAUGAGAUUGACCGUAUGGUGAAAGCUCGUCUUGACUUACCAGUUGUCGAAAAACUUCGACAAGAAGGUUAUAGUAUGGCCCUCAUCCGCAAAGUCUAUGAAAUGCAACUUCGUUUUAAAAAGGACGAUUUCAAAACUGAUGUCGAUCUCCGUGUUGCAUGUCUUAUUUUAGACAAACAAGUCAAAUUAAUCAAUGGAAACGAAGCUAAUAUACUUAUUCCUCAAAAUUGGCUCAAUAAAUUCAUUGAAGAUCAGAAAAAAGGUAUCGUAAACACCGAACAAUUAGAAAUAAAAAAACCAAUUGAAAUUCAGAAAACUGACACUCCAAAAAUUAUUGGAAAGAUUAUGACGCAACCUAGACUACUGCCAAAAACAGAAGAGACACCUGUCUGUGUGCUGUGUCUGACUACGGAACGUCAAGUAGCAUGUUUACCAUGUGGACAUUUAACCAGUUGUGUAGCAUGCGGACACAGUCUAAAGACUUGUCCUAUUUGUCGAGCUACGGUGAAGGCCUUUAUCCGCAUAUAUACAUGA